AUGAACACCACCUUCUUCGGCACCAUGAACCCCGGCAGCCUCUCCUUGCAGUGUUGCACGAUCUCUGCCUCGUCUGCCCCCUUCCGCAGCACCACGAAUGCGCACGGGCUCUCCCCCCACCUCGCGUGCGGCAUCGCCACCACUGCCGCCUCCCCCACCGCCGGGUACUCAUACAGUGCCGCUUCCACCUCCACGCUGCUCACGUUCUCCCCUCCCGAUAUGAUCACGUCUUUGCAUCGGUCCUUGAUCUCCACGUAUCCGUCUGGGUGGACCACCCCCACGUCCCCCGUGUGCAGCCACCCGUCCCCCCUUCCGAAGGCCGCCCGCGUGGCAUCCUCGUCUUUCAAGUACCCCUUCAUUACCCCGCUCCCCCUCAGCACUACCUCCCCCAUCGUCUUCCCAUCCCGCUUCACGCUCCCCGAGGAGCUCUCCGAGACCACGUCCACGUCGGCCACCGUUAGCACGCUGAUCCCCUGCCUCGCCUUGAGCCUCGAGCGCUCUGCGCCCCCCAACCGGUCCCACCUGGCCUGCCACUCGCAAACCAGGGCAGGGCCAGUCGCCUCCGUCAGGCCGUACGCAUGGGUCACGCGGAAGCCUAGCCCCUCAGCUCGCUCGAGGAGGGCGGCCGGGGGCGGGGACCCGCCCACCAGGACCUCGACGAAGGAUGUUGAAGACGACGGGCGCACAACACAUGUGGGUGACUUUGUGGAGGGAGAUGGUGUGGUGGAUUUCGUCGGCACUGACGGAGCGGAUGCAGACGUUGGUGCCGCCGCGUGCCGCCACGCCCCACGUGAAGGUCCAACCGUUGCAGUGGAACAUGGGGAGGGACCACAGGUAGACAGGCUCCGUUCCCAUCCUCCAACCGAGGAUCAGGCUCAGAGUGCUGAGGUAGGCGCCGCGGUGGCUAUAAACAGCGCCCUUGGGCUCGGACGACGUGGUCCCCGACGUGUAGUUGAGGGUGAUCGGGUCCCACUCGUCCGACACCAUAUUCUCGGGGGCACGAGACGGGUUGCCGCGGAGGAUGAGGUCCUCGUACUCGAGGGCGCCGAGGCGGGCGCCUGUCGGGGCGGCAACAUCGUCGACGACUGCCACGAGUGGCGGGACAGAGCUGGCCGGGAGGAGGCGGAGAGCGUCUCUAGCCACAGGGAUGUAUUGGUGGUCGAUGAAGAAUAG